CGAUGACCACGGGCACGGUCGCAACGUUGUUUUCCGGAGGUCGUCGCUUAAGUGUUUUGUAAGGUGAACCCAGUGGUGGUAGCCGCGAUUGGCCGUUGAAACAUACUUGGCAAUGAGCUUAUGCAUAAUUAUCCAAUUGAGAUUCAUAACUCUGUCGCACCGCAGCGUGUGACUGCGCGUGUCCGUCGCGCGUCGCCUCGUGGUUUCAUUCGUAUUUUAGGCGGUAGGACCUAGCGGAUCCGGUCUCCGUAAUACGCUCGUGUUCAGAGGUCAGGCCAAGUAUCCCCCGUAUCUUCCGAUCAAAUGACGAGAUGCCGGCUGCUCUAUUUGCUUCUAUUAGCGGCCCUAAUGAUAAGCACAGAGGCGGCGAAGGGCGGCGGUGGUAGAGGGAGAGGUCGCGGCCGAGGAAGAUUGUACGGCUCGCGGAUGCAUAUCCUGAUACCCAAUCGAAAUCCUGCCAGUACGCACUAUUACGAGAACAAGGAUGGUGCCAAGAUCGUGAAGGCGUCCCACUUUGAGCUGGACUACAUGCUGGGCAGAAAGAUCACGUUCUUCUGCAUGGCGAUCGGUGUCCCGCGACCGGAGAUCACCUGGCUUAAGGACGGAAUCGAGCUGUAUCAUCAUAAAUUUUUCCAGGUGCACGAGUGGCCUGUUGGUAACGACACCAUAAAAUCGAAAAUGGAGAUCGAUCCUGCGACGCAGAAGGACGCCGGAUAUUACGAAUGCCAGGCGGAUAAUCAGUAUGCCGUCGAUCGUCGGGGCUUCAGAACGGACUACGUCAUGAUCUCGUAUUGAACGUCUUCUUUGACGCCGAUAGCCUCCGCGCGAUCGCCGAUAGUAUUAGAAUAAAUAAUAUCUUGUGUAAAAAAAUUAGAUAUAGACAUUUGUUAUUGACGAUUUAAUAGAUGAUAGAUUUUUGAUAAGCGGAGACAUGUUAGUUGUACUCAAUAGAGCUCUAAAUCUAAAUUAAUAAGCGAGAUAGGGAUCGUGACACAUUUAAGAAAUUAGUCUAACGUUCUACGUUCUGUUUGGUAAUGUAAAAAUUAGGGUCGUGACACAAUCUUUUUUUCUCUGACGCGAACAAAACAGACCUUUUUUUUAUCAAUGGGACAUGUGAGAAGAUAUGAAUACAAAUCCGGCGGUUUACCCGCCCUCCCAAUUCGUUAAAGCGUGAUUGACUAUUACAAGGGGAUAUGUGACGCGAGGAACAUAUCGAAAAUGGUCCAUCACUGCGAAUUUAACAAGGCAAUUGCAACGCGCUGCGCACGAAAGUGGCAUAGAAGGGCAUACUGAUAGCUGCGUAGCCACCAACGCGACAAUCUGUAGCACACUGUGUGAAAUAAACAAUUUGCAUAACUAUCGUA